UCCUGGGGUGCGGGCGACCAGGAGUCUGUUGUGUACUUGUGAUUUGAAUUGUCCCUCUCUGCAAUGCAAAUUUCUUAUUUCCUUUCUCUCUCUUCCAGUGGUUCUUUAACACCUGAAGAUUGAUCUCUGGAGCAUUGAACUCCGGGUUCCGGGUUCCGGUGACAUGGCAGAGUAUGGAAUCUCAGCUGGCCAGCGGGUGGCCGUGGUGUGGGAUCGCUCCUCCCCUGUUGAAGGACUGAAGAAUCUGGUGGAUAAGAUUCAAGCAUUGGUGGGACCUGGGAGCCGUGUAUGCGUGGAAAAUAUUGACCAACUGUCCCAUUCAGCUCAUACGGAGUCCAGCUUCGAUGUGGUUCUGUCAGGCCUGGUACCAGGCAGUGUGACGUUGCACAGUGCAGAGGUACUGGCAGAAAUAGCUCGAAUACUCAAGCCAGGGGGUCGUGUCCUUCUGAAAGAACCAGUGGCUAUGCAAACAGGUGACAACAGCCGGAUCAAGACCGCAGCCAGACUCCCCACAGCUCUGACACUCUCUGGGCUGGUGGACGUGAAGGAGCUGCAGAAGCAGCCGUUAAGCCCUGAGGAGGCCCACUCAGCCCAAGAGCAUCUGGGUUACCAAGGCAAUGACCUUGUGUCUGUUCAAAUGGAAGGCAAGAAACCCAGCUUUGAAGUGGGCUCCUCACAUCAGCUCAAACUUUCCUUUGCUAAGAAGUCUGCUCCAUCAGGCAAACCUGCUGUGGACCCCACUGCUGCAAAACUCUGGACGCUCUCUGCCAAUGAUAUGGAUGAUGAGGGAAUGGAUCUCCUGGACUCAGAUGAGCUGCUAGACUCUGAGGAUCUGAGGAAGCCAGAUCCAUCUUCCCUCAGAGCUCCAUCCUGUAAGGAAGCGGGUAAAAAGAGAGCCUGCAAAAACUGCACGUGUGGUCUCGCAGAGGAGCUGGCUCAGGAGAAGAAGGAGAGCUUGCAGCCCAAAUCUGCUUGUGGAAAUUGUUACCUGGGUGAUGCAUUCCGCUGUGCCAGCUGCCCCUACAUGGGGAUGCCAGCCUUUAAACCUGGAGAGAAGAUACUCCUGGCGGAGAGCAAUCUUCAUGAUGCCUAAGAGGGGACGUUACGGAGACCCCACUGAAGCACAGCAGUUCCAUAGCUCACUGGCUUCAGUGCUUACGUGCCCCAUCUCCUUAAAUUCUCUCUCCAGGAAAUAUUUCCAUAUGGGAAGGGGAGGAGGAGUGGGGUGGAGGAGGAGUGGGGUGGGGUGGGCUGGGAUAUUGAGGGUCCAUUGUGCUGCUGUGAACUAAAAAUGUGAGUUCAUCAGACUUGAUUAACUUUUGGGUAACUGAUAAUCUUCCGUGAGGAUUGGUCUCCUAUCAUGUACAUAGUACAGACUCUGCUAGUGCUAGGGUUUUCAAAUGUAUGUGGCUAUAUGCUGGCAGGUCCUGGCUGUCAUAGCACAUGCUAGUGGGAAUGUGAGAGUUUGCUUAGUCAUUUCUCAAGUCUCUUGAGGCGACACUUCUCUCCUGCUCUCUUCUGGAGGCUUGAAUCGAGAGCGGGUUUGUCAGCCCAUACCAUGUACACCAAGGCCUCCAUUGGAACUCUUCACAAAGAGAAUCCAAUGAAAAUCCCUUGCAGAGUUGAGCAAACACGAUAGGUUUCCAAGUGUCUCGGAAAGCUGCUAGUGGUAAAACUUGCUCUCUUCCCCUGCCCCCUUCCCUGUUCCCUCUGCUUCCAGGAAAAGGGGGAAAAAGUUUUGUUCAAGCAGCUUGAAACUAUAUGUCAUCUCUUCUUUGCCUCCCCUUCUUCCAUCCAAUAUGCUUUGGAAACGUAAGGGUUAAUCCUAGUGAAUAUCUUAGUCUAGCUAAAGAGAGGAGAGUUAGCUAUAAUUAAGGCUUAGCAAUAACUAUUGAAUUAUGCUAAUGUUGGGGUGCUAUGUGCCACCACCUCCUUCCCCUACCCCCUGAAAGAAUGACCUUUGACAAGUGCUUGAGUAUUUAUUUAUCUGCCCAGUGUUACAGUGGAAAAUGUUUUCAGGGUUGUGACUGACCUCCCCUCCCUGCAGCUUCCGAACCUUUCCUGAAAAGUUUCCUGUUCACCAGGUUUAUUUCCCUUGGUUUCCCACCUCACAGUCCGUUUCAACACUUUCAUGUAUAAAAAUGGAAUCAUCCUAUUUAGAGCCACCUUGGUAUGGAAUUCAGCUUCCCAUUUGUCAUCACCCUGCACUGACGUGAAAUAAGCUCAUGUAGUGGGUUAGGGUUAAGGGAUCUUCUGGUUUUAAAGGCUGGGACCAGUAAUAAAGCUUUUGUUCAAAAUUA